AUGUCUUCCCUUACCAGCCCGGAGCUUGACUCUGAGACUAUCCUCUCAACUGAGUCCACUGUACCCACAACCCCAGAAGGAAGUCUUAAUGGCGGCACAGACAAAUCCGAUGCCAAUUCACCUGGCACAAAGACUACUGGAGAUGAAAGUGACUUGGAUACCUCGAUAUUUGCGCGACCGGUGCGCAGCAUUUGUUGCGUCGGGGCCGGAUAUGUCGGUGGACCAACCGCUGCCGUGCUUGCAUUGAAAAACCCCCACAUUCGAGUCACCGUCGUAGACAAAGAUGAGCGGCGCAUUCGACGAUGGAACUCCCGACACUUGCCUAUCUACGAGCCCGGUCUCGCAGAAAUCGUCCGGAUCUCACGAGAUGGGCUGUCACAAGCUCCAGAAAACACAGUGCCAUCUUCCAACGAUGACUCCGAACAUGUCAACUCACAAUCGUCGCCUGCCUCAACCUUCCGGGCACCGAAUCUGUUUUUCUCAGCGAACGUGGCAGAGUGUAUUCGGGAAUCCGAUAUUGUCAUAAUUGCGGUGAACACGCCAACCAAGAUGCGUGGAUCUGGUGCCGGUAGCGCAACAGAUAUGACAGCAUUCGAGGCCGUGGCCGCAGAUGUUGUACAACACGCCCGAAGUGGUGCGAUCAUUGUGGAGAAAUCCACAGUCCCUUGCAGAACGGCUCAGAUGAUACAGGAAAUGAUUGGUGUUCGUCGACGUAAAGCACAUUUCGAGAUUCUGUCCAACCCGGAAUUUCUGGCAGCCGGUACCGCCAUACAAGACCUCUUGCACCCGGACCGAGUGAUUAUCGGCUCGUCAACCACCAAGGAUGGUCAAGUCGCAGCGGAAACACUGGCUGGGGUGUAUGCUGGAUUCGUUGACCGAUCUCGCAUCAUCACUACUAACAUCUGGUCAUCUGAGCUGGCGAAGCUUGUGGCAAACUCAAUGCUUGCCCAGCGACUAAGUAGUAUCAACAGUAUUUCGGCGAUUUGCGAAGCCACUGGAGCCGAGAUCAAUGAGGUCUCUGCAUCUAUCGGCAUGGACUCCCGCGUGGGCGACAAAUUCCUCCGUGCUGGAAUCGGAUUCGGCGGCAGCUGUUUCAAGAAGGAUGUCCUCAGUCUCGUUUACCUUGCGGAGUCUCUGGGUCUCAAGGAAGUUGGAGCCUAUUGGCGCCAGGUCGUGACUAUGAAUGAGUACCAGCGUGACCGAUUUACCAGUCGUGUCAUCAAGUGCCUCAACAACACACUGGUUGGUAAGAAGAUCACUUUACUGGGCUACGCUUUCAAGAAGAACACAUCAGACACUCGUGAAGCACCUGCUCUUGAAAUUAUCAAGACUUUGCUUGAUGAGAACCCCGGCGAGAUUGCUAUCUUUGACCCCUGCUGCAAUCCUUACGUGAUUGAAAGCGAGAUCCGUCAGCUACAUGGAUAUGGUCCUCCAGCUUUGAGAGAUGAUGGCGGAGCAGUCAAAGUCUAUCACAAUGCAUACGAAGCAUGUGAAUCAUCGAAUGCAAUUCUGAUUGUGACCGAGUUUGACGAAUUCCGAAACACUGAGUCUGCCGUUGUCGCUCCUCCGCAAGAGCAACAAAAUGAACCUUCAAAGGAUUUGCAAGAGGGUAUUGUUUCAAACAUCGGUGGCAUGAAAGAUAGUGCUUCCCUGGUCUACCUCCAAGAAAGGCUCAAUGACGAGCCUAACUGCGCUGCUGACUGCCCGGAUUGCCAACGCGAGAACGGCAAGGAGAUCACAGAUCGCAAGCUCAGCGACGCUCUUCCCAAGCAGCAGGUCGACUGGGAGAGUAUUGCAGAAAGCAUGAGUACGCCGAAAUGGCUCUUUGAUGGACGAUGCAUCAUCGAUAUUAAGAAGAUGACCAAAUUGGGAAUUCGUGUUGAAAGUAUUGGUUCAGCUGGUGAUGUUUGUUUAUGA